AUGUUUACGUUGCAACCAACACCGACGGCCAUGAGUACUGUAAUGCCGCCAUGGUCAGCGGGAACACUCAUUGAGAGGCUACCAUCUCUAGAGGAAAUGGCUCAUAAGGACAAUGUGAUUGCGAUGAGAAAUCUGCCUUGUUUGGGUACUGCUAGUGGUAGUGGACUUGGCGGUAUUGGUGGAAAAUCCGCUACUACAAUGGCUACUGCGAUGGAAGCCGUGGAUGCGACCACAGUGUCACAACCCCAUUCGACAUCGUCGUACUUUACCACAACUUACUACCACUUAACUGAUGACGAAUGUCACAGUGGAGUAAACCAGCUGGGCGGAGUUUUUGUUGGUGGACGACCAUUGCCUGACUCAACGCGCCAGAAAAUUGUUGAGCUCGCGCAUUCUGGGGCUCGGCCAUGUGAUAUUUCUCGGAUUCUACAAGUUUCUAACGGAUGUGUUAGCAAAAUUUUAGGCAGAUACUAUGAAACCGGAAGUAUUCGACCACGCGCAAUCGGUGGAUCCAAACCACGGGUUGCUACAGCUGAAGUCGUUAGCAAAAUUUCGCAAUACAAACGCGAGUGCCCGAGCAUUUUCGCCUGGGAAAUUCGGGAUAGAUUAUUGCAGGAGAACGUUUGCACCAACGACAAUAUUCCAAGCGUUUCGUCAAUAAAUCGAGUAUUAAGAAAUUUGGCGGCACAAAAGGAGCAACAAAAUUCUGGAACGAGUAGUUCAAGUACAAACACUAGCACCAGCGCCACUCCUACAAAUAGUGGUGGUGCCAGUGGCCCAAGUGGCGCGAGUGGACAGAGUGGCCAGAGCUUAACUAGAGCCACACUGACCUCUGUAGGCGAUCUGAUGCAAACAGCAACGCCUCUGAACUCUUCCGAAAGUGGUGGAGCAAGCAACUCUGGCGAGGGGAGCGAACAGGAGUCCAUUUAUGAAAAGCUUCGACUCCUCAAUACUCAACAUGCAGCUGGGUCGAUGGAUCCUGCCAUAGCCGUAUCCUCAUCAAACCAUUUUGGACCCCACCCCCAUUCCAGUCAUCCCCAGCUGAUGCAUGGUCAACAACACCAACAGUCGUCGCAGCUACAACAGGCUAGCUGGCCUCCACGCCACUACUCAACAGGAACUUGGUACACCUCCCCUCAGAACGGCAGUGAAAUAUCUAUCCCAGUUUCAUCCGGAUCCGGAUCCGUUAUGACUUCAGUGACUGCAUAUGUCCAAGGCUCAACGACAUCUCAGCCCUUGAGCCCGCCCAAUUUAUCCGGCGGUGGGAACCACCUGAGCACCUGCCCCAUGAGCACGGACGACAUUCUUUUAAAAAAAGAACUUGACGGACAUCAAUCAGAUGAAACAGGUUCCGGUGAAGGGGAAAAUUCCAAUGGCGGCGCCUCUAAUAUAGGAAACAGCGAGGACGAUCAGGCUCGCCUGAUACUCAAACGGAAACUGCAACGCAACCGCACUUCCUUUACAAAUGAGCAAAUAGAUAGCCUGGAAAAAGAGUUUGAGCGCACUCAUUAUCCGGAUGUAUUUGCCAGGGAACGAUUGGCUGGUAAGAUUGGUUUGCCGGAGGCAAGAAUUCAGGUUUGGUUUUCAAAUCGUCGUGCCAAGUGGCGCCGCGAAGAGAAGUUACGGAAUCAGCGAAGGACGCCGAACUCGACAGGAACAAGUGGAACUUCGUCUUCAACUUCGGGCAAUGCGUCCUUAACCGAUAGCCCUAAUAGUCUGGGGGCUUGCUCCUCGUUGCUGGCGGGCAGUUGUCCCUCAGGAAACACAAUGAACGGGCUAGCGUCACCAAAUACGUUGCCGAACGUGGGUGGAGCUGAAUCCACUGACAGUACCACACCAAAGUUGCAGCUAAGGUCCGGUGGCAACUCCGACAGUUCUGGCGGGCGACCACAAGAAGAUGGCAGCGACGCUUGCUCACCUGGCCUAGGCAUCUCCGGGCAACAUAGCACCCAUCAUCACAUCGCUCAUGCCCAUGCCCAUGCUCAUGCUCAUGCCCAUUCGCUUCCGCACACUCACUCGCACGCUCUGGUUCCUGCCAUUUCGCCACGCCUAAAUUUCAAUAGUGGAAGCUUCAGCAGCUCAAUGAGUGCGAUGUACUCGAAUAUGCACCAUCCCGCAUUGUCGAUGGGAGAUGGUUACGGUUCUAUUACACCAAUGCCAAGCUUUAACCAUUCGUCGGUGGGACCUUUGGCCCCUCAGUCGCCCUUAUCCCAGCAACGCGACCUCACGCCCCCAUCUCUGUAUCCGUGCCACAUGACUCUGCGUCCUCCGCCGAUAGCUGGUCCGCAUCAUCACCUGGUUCCGAAUGACGGGGGAAACAGUGGGCCUGGUAUUGGUAAUGUACACUUGACGAAUGCAGGAGCCAGCAAUAAUGGAACCGGAUACGAAGUGCUCUCCACAUACGGCUUGGCCCCACAGCCACUUCCGGCUGGUGGAGGUGGAGCGCCUGAUGGCAAUUCGUCCGCCACCGCCAAUUUAGCCGUUUCUUCUCAUCAAAUUAUGGAACCCCGCCAGUCGCCCUGCAGUCCACAGCAUUUGGUAGCUGGUAGUCACAGUUCUGGAUUUGCUCCUGAUGCCACUUCGAGCGCUGUUCCUUCGUAUGCGCAUAUGAGCUAUAACUACGCGACGGCUGCCAACAAUGUGCCGGCUUCUGGCAGUGGCAACCCAGUACCACAUGCUUCCAGUGGAAAGCAACAGUUUUUUGCCUCUUGUUUCUACUCACCUUGGGUCUAGACUCCAGAGCCAGAGAGACCCGUGCACAUUUAGAGAAGAAAAGGACUUAGACAUACAUAUGAAGAUUAUUUAAUUUGAUUAACUUUAAAGGCUCCCUAAAAUAAAUCGAAUUUACAUAUCUCUAAAAAAUGUAUGGAGGUUGUAGAAAAAUGUAUUUAUAACAUAGUAACGGCCAAGGAUUCUAACUUAUACGCGUAAAAUAAUUGGUGUGAUUAAAUGACCUAAUUUUGACAAAUGAA